AAACCACAUGACAGGCGAGCUACCGUUUAGACGGUACUUCCGCUACAGCGGUCCGUCACACUAACGUUUCCCGUGGACAUCAACAAUGGCAGAACGAGGAUAUAGUUUCUCUCUCACUACAUUCAGUCCCUCGGGGAAGCUGGUCCAAAUUGAAUAUGCACUAGCGGCUGUUGCAGCGGGGGCGCCGUCCGUGGGAAUCAAAGCUUCCAACGGCGUCGUCUUGGCAACGGAGAAAAAACAGAAGUCCAUCUUGUACGAUGAGCAGAGCGUGCACAAGGUGGAGGCGAUUACCAAACACAUCGGUAUGGUGUACAGCGGCAUGGGACCAGACUACAGGGUGCUGGUGCGGCGAGCCAGGAAGUUGGCGCAGCAGUACUUCCUGGUUUACCAGGAGCCAAUCCCCACAGCCCAGCUGGUCCAGAGGGUCGCCUCCGUCAUGCAGGAGUACACACAGUCAGGAGGUGUGAGGCCGUUCGGUGUGUCCUUGCUGAUUGCCGGCUGGGAUGAAGACAGACCCCACCUCUUCCAGUCCGACCCCUCUGGGGCUUACUUCGCAUGGAAGGCCACAGCCAUGGGGAAGAACUACGUUAACGGCAAGACCUUCCUAGAGAAGAGGUACAAUGAGGAUUUGGAGUUGGAGGAUGCCAUCCACACGGCCAUCCUCACUCUCAAGGAGAGCUUCGAGGGUCAGAUGACAGAGGACAACAUCGAGGUGGGGAUCUGCGACCAGGGAGGCUUCCGGAGACUCACCCCCGCCGAGGUGAAGGACUACCUGGCCGCUAUCGCCUGACCCCCCCCGGCCUGGCUCCUCCAUCGUUCACUUUGUUUGGUUUUUGCAACAAAAAAUAAAUACAUUGAAGCGACUGUAUUUUUGUCAUACAUGAGAACAUUUUUAUUUGUAUUUCUCCCCUUCAGUCCCCUCCUCCUUCCAUGAGUUACACUCAAUAAAAACCUGAAAGGGAA